AUGAGAUUAGCCCAUUGCUGCCUUACCUUCUUCUAGGCAAUGUGAUCCACUAACGAGAAGCUGGCUCAGGAGAGAACAUUCACCAGAGUGGAAUACAGGGAUUCAGGGAGAUGCUCACCAACCUACAUAUAUUGGAACAUGAUGGAUCUGAAGUGAGGCGUACCUUGCAGAAUGCUUUAUUUUCGCUCAAUAGGGGCAGAUACAUCAAUCAGUCACGACUGUCAGGUGCCAAAGCUUUAAAGGGAUUACUAUUAAUGGAGUUACUAGUACUUUUUUUCUGUCUUUGUUUGCCUAAUGGGAUAUUGUACUGUGAAAAGUACCAGAGGAUAUUGCAUUGUUGGGUUAAUACACUGGCAGGGACAGCUGAAGAGCCUGCUGAGGUACAAAUAUCUUGUUGAAAGCAUCUGGUGAAUCCUGAGGUGCUAAGUACUGAUAAUGUUAUGAUGUUCCUGUGUGAAGUGGGAGAUAAUGAGAUAAUGGCUGACAGAUGAAAUGUAAAGUGGGAACAGUGUCGAUAUCUCCUGUAUUCUCAUUGUGUUUAUAACACUAAAUAUAAUGAUAGCUGGCUGAAUAAAAUGAACGCUGUGACACUGACACUGAGAAAUGUACCAGUGCUUUUAUGGUUUUGUAUCCACUUUGAGGUACUAGUAUUGAAUUAUAUAGCAAAAAAGAUAUAGAUUGAAAAUGGAUGACGCCAUCACAAAGUCAUCAACAUGGCUGACUGUGCCAAGUUUUAACGAGACCAAGUCACAUUCAACAAGCAGCAAAAAACUAAUAAGAUUCUUUGAACCUUGGAGAGAGUCUGCAGAAGAGCAGCUGAAAGUGGCUGCAGAUUACUUAGAGACUAAACGUCAGCUGCAGCCUAACUUCAGGAGAUAUUUUAAUGCAGCAGACCCACAGGACUCUGCCCCCUUUGAACUGACUUUGAGAAAUGUUCAGGGUUUGGAGGAGAUUGACCUGGAUGAGGAUAAAAAGGGUGUCCACUACCAGUUGCGGCUCAGUCUGUUUGAUGUGACAUACAAGCAGUUCUUUGGAAGGACGUGGAUAGGACCAGAGAGCACAGCCAAGUCAACAGGACAGAAAUUUAAAGUUAAUUUUAAUCAGAAUGUCUAUUUCCACACCACUCUCAAUGACCUGAGUAUUGUACUGGUGGUGGAACUGGUGGCGGUGAGUUUUGAUAAAAGUGGCCAUAAGAGACACAGGUCCUGUGGCUGGGGGAUGGUCAGGAUAUUUAAGUACGAGGGAGAAAUGGAGGAUACGUCCAGCGGAAAACAGGGGCCAUCUCAAAGAGUGGACCUGUACCAUGGCACGCCUAGAGCUCUUCUGUACCUGGAGGAUCCUAUAGAAAGCAAUGAACUCCUUCAACUCAUCAAGGGCUGCCAGUUGUCAUAUUCCAUUAGAACUCACAGGGCUCUGCAGAAAGUUUUCCACCUGUUGCCUGAGAAUGUCAUAGUGGGAAAUAACAGUGUAGUACCUGGUAUAGCAGAGGGAGCCAAGGACCCUGAGAACCCAGGGGCUGGUGUGGAGAAUCUCAAGAAGCCCAAACUGUUAAAACAAGUUCAGUGUUACGUGGACAAGGUGAACAUCAUGCUGUAUCCUAACGUGGAGAAGUUUGAGGAGGAGCUGUGCCGUCUUUGUAAUGAGGACAGAAUUAACCGAGAACACAGGGUGGCAGAUGGUAGCAAUGUCACUGUGUCAGAGAGAAGGUUACUGGUUGGUGUCCACAAUGGCUGGUGUUAUGUACAGGACCCCCAGGUGGCGCACCUCGUCCCCGACUCUCAGGCUCACAAGAAAGGAGCAACUCUGAAGAGAGGACACCAGCGCUCUGCUUCUACUGGCUCUAUUGGCAGUUCCAGUUGUGUGUCUCUAGUCCUGAGGAACAGUAUCCCACUAGAUGGUAUGGUGGAGGACCCCAUGAUGUCUAUAGUAUUCCUGCUGGAGUAUGUGGUCUCUGAGCCCAUGAAUGCUGAGGACAGGAAGCUCUCUCACAGCAUGGUGAAGUCCCAGACACACACAGUGGCUGUCAGGUGGGCCGUCUGGUCUCCAUUCUCUGCUGGGGGUCAGCAGGAAGUAACAAUAUCUCUGAUUGGUGGACCCACACCCAUGCCUAACGAAGUGUUCAUGUAUAAAGGUGUUUCAUUGGAGGACAGCAAUGUGAAGAAUGCACCUGGAAAUCUGGCAUUUAACUUUGUGGUCAACAAGAAGAAGGCUGAGGGUAUUUCUGGUGCAGGCAGCCAGGUAUCUCUACAGUAUCCUACCUCCUCCUUGGUGAGAGGCCACUCCAUGGAGUCUGUGAACACCACUGAAGAUGGCAGCACUGUGCUCCAGGCUCUGCCCACUGCUGGUCUCAGUGGAAGACCACCUCUGCCUGGUAGAGGGGGGAAAUCUCUGCUUCAAGCCUCAUCGCGUGAUGUCGGGAAGAUUCAUACCCCUAGUCUCCAGACUUCUGCAGCCACUAAUGAUACCGUUAUUGUGCAUCAGGACCAGUCCCAGUCACGUGGUGCAGGCCCCAUGUCUCUACAGGUGCCCCAGGGACAGCCUUAUGGGUCCCCACAGGAUAUGCCUUUCAACCAGAGCCAGCCAUAUCCCCCCAUGCAACCUCCCUACAUGAUGGCCGCCCCGUAUACACAGGGAUAUGGAAUGCCUUUUGCACAGGGGCCAGGCUUUGUACCUCCAUAUUCUCUGCCCAAUACAUACUCUGUUGAGAUCUCCCACCUGAGAGAUCCUGGGUCUGCCAGAGAUGGCACAGACCUUCAGGAGCUGCCCUUCACUCCAGUUCAUGCCCCAAUACUUGCUACAACACCUAAUACUAGAAGUGGCCAGGGUCUGUCCAGAGCAGCCUAUGCCAGACUCUACACGGCGGGAUUUCCACCAAUCCUGGACAGGUUUGGUGAAGCACCAGAGGUCGUUGACCCCGCAGACCAUGUGACCUUUGACCCUGCCAAGGAAGAGACGGACCCCCUGGUGUGCAAUGAGAUCUACUUGCAGUUCCUGGCAUUUGCUAAAUACUAUGAGCAGGAGCAGAAUACCAAGUCCAACGGCACGGUCUUCUUCACAUUCCAGUUUUACCGCUUUCCUCAGGUCACUUCAGAAAGGUUACUCCUCGGAGCCCAAGAAGGUGACCUAUCCCAACAGAAAGAAAAGGCCCCUUACAUCCUCCAAAAACUAGAGGCAGACGACACAGUGAAGAAGGGACCCCCUGGUUACCAGGUCAAAUAUUUUGUGGACCCCUCGUUUCUGAAGCCAGGAGAAGCCAAGCUGUUCCUGAAGCACCUGUCACAGCAGGUUCUCCACAUUGAUGUCUGGGAUGGAGAGUCACUGCUGCUGAUUGGGUCUUGUGCUGUAGAUCUCAGUCACCUGUGUCGUCAGGGUCGUGAUGCCCUCCAGGUGACGUACGAGCUGGACGUGAUGAUCACAGAGUACUCAGAGGACCAGGGGGACACUGGGGGGGAGGGGGCCCAGGGGACAAGUGUGAGGCCAGUAGGGGUAAAUACCUCUCUGAAAGGGAGGCUGCAUCUGAGGCUUGCCAAUGUGGGCCAUCCUGCCGACAAGAAGACAAAACUGGCAGAGACAGAGCCUGCUUUGCCCCUGAAGAAGUCUCGGUUAGUGGUGGCGUCAGAGGGUGCUAACAGCAGCGGGUUCCUGGGAGGAAGUCUGAAUGCUGGACUGGCACAGUCACAUAACUCAGGUCUAAGAAAGUCAAAAGUCGCGAGAGCACAGCACGUGACUGAGACACAUCGCGAGUUGGCGUCUGUGUUAGUCACGCGUCGUGACCCCAUGACCUCCGGGGUAGACGACACGGAGAAUAUGGAUCCUGUCAAGAGGCGGAAGUUGGCCAGGAUGAUGGCCAUCAGACAGUUACAGCAACAGCAACAGCAGCCGUCAUCUGAGAGGAGCUUGCCACUGUCGUCUUACAAACAGUUAAAACAGGAAAGAACCAGAGACCUGAAGACCAUAGACCUGUACAGGCAGCAGACCAAACAGGAGGGAAUCCUCACCAUGUUAAACAGUGCCAUCACAGCCCAGCACAACAUCUACCCCUCUCUGGGAACCUCCGAGUUCUUUGAGUUUGUUCUGAGAAACCCGUACAAUGUCCAGCACACUAUCACCAUAGAGUGGACAGACCCUGAGUUGUAUGUUGUGACAGAUGCCAGGGAGUGGCGGUACUUCAAGCAGCUGAAUGAGGUCCACACCCCACUGGAAGAGGCCAUGUUUAACCUCCAGAGCUCCUCCCAGUACCCCCAAGUGUUUCUGAGACCCAAAGAGACCCUGAAUAUCCCCUUCAAGUACCUCUCCUACAGGGCGGACCACUCUGUGCAACCACAGGGCCCCAUCAAUCCAUUCCAUGCCCAGUUCCAGCAGUCCAGCAGACAAGAGGAUGCUCUGGCCACCAAGGUGGUCAAGGUGUACUUCAAGACUGAGGACAACCGCCCCAUCUCCAUCCUGGCCCUCAAUGUAGACCCCAUCCCACACGUCGUAGACCAGACCUUCAGGUUCCACCACCCAGAACAGUCCUUCCUGAAGAAAUCCAUCAGACUACCUCCCUUCCAGAUGUUACCAGGUGCUCCAAUAGGUGGCGCUGGGUUACAGCAGCUGUUUGUACGCUGUAGUGAUAACAAUGUGAUAUGUGAGACAAGACCUGUUCAGACUGGAGAACCACAGGAUGUCUUCAUCAAGGUGGCCUGUGGUGCGUCUCCUCAAGUAAAGAAGUUUUUCCUGGCCAUCUACAGUGAUCCUUUCCUGUCCAAACCUCUGCAGAUCUGGCAGUUCUUUGUCCACUCUCUACAGAGGGUGGAUGCUACGUGUGUUGAAGGACAAACCAGUAGAUUCUCCCUCAUUCUCAGGGGUACACAGGCGUCCCGUCUGGUGAAAUGUUUCUCCUCACAUCCAUACGAGAUGUCCCUGGAACCCAAAGACCCCUUCAUGCUGGCUGCAAACGCUGUCCACGAACUCCACGUUGGCGUACGUGCUGUAAACGUCGGCUCUAAAUUCAUGUACAUAAAUGUCGUAGACAUUGAAUUCCAUCAGUUAGUCAGGACUUGGCUGGUCAACUUAUCAUGCAGAUCACCAGUUGUAUCAAAGGCUUUCGAGUUAAAACUGCCUGUAGGUGGCGGUAAAGGCUGCAACAAGAGAAUCUCGUACACAAAUCCUUACCCGCACAAGAAGGUGUUUCAUCUGAGGACCAAUCGCAGUGACUUGCUCCAGUUUAAGGACACUAGGUUGGAGAUCGGAGGAGGAGAGCCGCAUACAAUCGGCCUCAGAUUCGCUCCAGCUCAGACCCCAGGAAUGACGGAGAUUCUGAUUUUUAUUAACGACGAUGACGAUAAAAAUGAAGAGACUUUCUGUGUGAAAGCAGUUUACAUGGUGCAGUGAGGGGAUGCCGGGUCUGAAUGUUUAUUUAUUUAUUUGUUUGUUUAUUUAUUUAUUUGUUCCUCUUUAUUGCAAGAGAAGUUCUUGUGCCUUACAGUUAGAAGAUCUCGCGGUGGAUGUUGAUCGUUACUUAGCAUCCAUUGAUAUUGUUUCUAUGCAUUCAAUGUAUUCAGGUCACGUGGAUAUUUUAGAGAGAAGGAUAAAC